GAUACUUCUCAUAAAUAUUGCAUCGCAUGCUGCGGAUGGAGAUCAGAAUGUCGAUGCAGUAUUGGUGUUGUAGAUGUAUGUGAUCCUCCGUAGACUCGAUCCUGCAUCCCUUCAAUCCGGUUGGAGAUAGAACCAUCAGCUGUUGCACCAGAAGAUGAGCAACAGAGUUGAAGCCGUGACCGACGAGGAGGGGAACGGCAAAGUCGAAGCUGCCGUGGUGGACGACGAGAGGAAGAAGCAGAAGCAGCCGUCAUGGUUGAGAAGGGGAGGGUCAAGUGGCCAGAUUAAGAGCUUCGCUGCGCUUUCAAGCAGUCUCCUUCCUGCCUUUGGAGCGGGCAUCGACGGCAACUAUCCUGCCAUCAAGAAAUAUGUUAUUGCACCUUAUGAUCCAAGAUACAGGUGGUGGCAGAUGUUUCUGAUGGUGCUGGUCUUCUACUCGGCCUGGGCGUCGCCGUUCGAGCUAGCGUUUCAGCAGGUGGGCUCGGGCUCGCUCCUCAUCUUCGACCUCGUCGUCGACGUGUUCUUCGCGAUCGACAUCGUCAUCUCCUUCUUCGUCGCCUACUUCAACAGUUCCACGUACCUCCUUGUCGACGACCGGAGAAAGAUAGCAAAGCGAUACCUGACGAGGCCAUGGUUUGUGAUGGAUGUAGCAUCCACCGUACCAUUUCAGAUCAUAUACCGCGUCCUCACCGGUAAAAGAAACGGCGGCACUGUAUUCGGAAUUGUGAAUCUGCUCCGGUUGUGGCGACUCAGGCGGGCAAGCAAGCUGUUCGCAAGGCUGGAGAAAGACAUCAGGUUCAGCUACUUCUGGACAAGAUACGUGAAGCUCAUCUGUGUGACAUUGUUUGCGGUACACUCGGCGGCUUGCGUCUAUUACUGGAUGGCCAUCCACUACCGAGUGAAAGAUCACACGUGGAUUGGCAGCCUGGUGCCGGACUUCGAGGAGAGAAGCAUAUGGCUGGGCUACACCUACGCCAUGUACUGGUCCAUCACCACCCUCACCACCGUCGGCUACGGAGACUUGCAUGCGUGGAACACCGGGGAGAAGGUGUUCACGAUAUUCCUCAUGCUCUUCAACAUCGGCCUCACCGCCUACCUCAUUGGCAACAUGACCAAUCUCAUCGUCCACGCCGCCACCCGCACCUUCCUCAUGAGGGACACCAUACAAAAGGUCUCGCGCUUCGCGAGCAAGCACCGGCUGUCGGAUGGCCUGAGAGAGCAGAUGAUGGCGCACCUGCAGCUCAAGUUCAAGACGAUGGAGUUGCAGCAAGAGGAAGUGAUUGCGGACCUGCCCAAGGCGAUCAGAUCCACCAUUGCUCAGCAUCUCUUCCAACGCACGGUCGAGGGAACCUACCUGUUCAAAGGGGUCUCGAAGGAGUUCAUAGUUCAGCUGGUUUCGGAGAUGCAAGCAGAGUACUUCCCUCCUAAAGUGGAUAUCAUUAUAGAGAACGAGAUCCCCACGGAUCUCUACAUCAUUGUCUCUGGAGCAGUGGAUGUCUUGACGACUAAGAAUGGAUCGGAAAAGUUUCUGUCAACAUUAGGUCCUGCAGAUGUGGCUGGGGAAAUUGGAGUAAUCUUCAACAUCCCACAGCCAUUUACAGUUCGAAGCAAGAGGCUUUCGCAGGUUGUACGGAUAAGCCAUCGCCAUUUUAUGCAAAUUGUACAGCCAUAUAGUGAGGAUGGGAAAAUAGUCUUCUCCAAUUACAUCCAGUUCCUGAAGGAGCUCAGCAAAGACUUGAUUGAGGAAGUACCCUUUGUGCCAGAGUUGCUUAAGCAAAUGAAUGAGCAUGAAGAGCCCUUGGAGGAAUCACAAGAUCUUGAAUCAUCGAUGCCAAAUGAUGCUGGUGUAGAAGGACCACCGGCCGCAGCUAUGGGUCCAGCUUCAUGUGAUUUAGCCAAGAGAGUGACAAUUCAUGGACAUCAUCCUGAUGCAACAAACAAACCGGAAAGGCAUGCUGCAGGAAAACUCAUCUUUUUACCUGAUUCAAUGGAAGAGCUAUUGAAACUAGCAGAGAGGACAUUUGAGAUAACAGCAACGAGGGUUGUGGCAGCUGAUGGAGCCGAAAUUGAAGAGAUAUGCACCAUUAGAGAAGACGACCACUUGUUUAUAUGUUGAAGCGGAUAUAAGCAAACUACAGCCUGCAGCCAGCAAUGUGUGCGUGUAUGUAUAUAUUAUCGGAUAUAAUUUUUUCCCAGUUGAACGCAAUUGC